CUCCCUAACUUCAACUCUCCAAGUCCGGACUGCCUUCCUGCCCCCCCCCCCACUGCCCGAUUGGGUCCCUAGGGGGCGAUUCCUGCCCAGGGUGGUGGUUGGGAAUUGGGGGGCUGGAGGGGGAGGGGCUCAGAGAUGGGGAUGGCGACACAGCGGGGGGAUUAAUGGGGAGGGGGGAUGCAAUAACACAGGGCUGGUGCUGCCCAUUGCUGAGGGUCCCCCCAUGUCGUCCCCCCCCAGCCCCCCAGCUCCAUGGCAGACCCCGGCCCGCGCUCCCUGCUAUACGAGGGGAUCAUGCUUCCGGCCCUGGUGCACAGCAGGGAGAGCCUGCGGUACGCCCAGCUCGGCUUCCAGGUGCGAGACAGCGACGUCUUCAGUGUCACCUACCCCAAAUCGGGCACCACCUGGAUGCAGGAGCUGCUGACCCUCAUCCACAGCAAUGGGGACCCCCAGCUGGCGCGGUCGGUGCCCUCCUGGGAGCGGGUGCCCUGGCUGGAGCAGACCACGGCAGCCGGGUUCCUGGAGAACCGGCCCUGUCCUCGGCUCAUCUCUUCCCACCUGCCCUGCGGCCUCUUCCCCACCUCUUUCCACGGCUCCAACGCCAAGUGCUGUUUGGCUCCUGGUUCCAGCAUGUCAAGGGCUGGCUGGGCCUUAGGGACCGUCUCAACUUCCUCCUCCUGACCUACGAGGAAAUGCAUCAGUGUCCCGCCCUGUGCCAGGACCUGCGGGGCAGCGUGGAGCGGAUCUGCCAGUUCCUGGGCAAGCCGCUGGACGCGCGGGCGCUGGACGGGGUGGUGGAGAACGCCUCCUUCCAGGCCAUGAAGCAGAACAAGAUGUGCAACUACAGCCUGGUGCCGGAGAACAUCAUGGACCAACGGAUCAGCCCCUUCCUGAGAAAAGGGGUCCCUGGCGACUGGAAGGGGCACUUCACGGUGGCGCAGAGCCAGGCGUUUGACCGGCUCUACCGGGAGCAAAUGCAGGACGUGGGCGUCCGAUUCCCCUGGGAUGAGGCCUGAGGGGUCGCCGCCCCCCUCCACCGGACAGCUACAGUCUGUAGGGACCCCUAGAUCCGUGUGUGUGGGCACUUGAAGAGUCUGCAGAGCCGGGGCUAGAACCCAGGAGUCCUGGCUCUCCCCCCCCAACCCCUGCCUUGCUCUAACCACUAGACACCACCCCCUCUCCCAGAGCAGGGGAUAGAACCCAGGAGUCCUGGAUUCUGUUCCUGGCCUCUGUCACGUUACAGCCAUUUGGGAUCAUCAGCGUGCGUGCCUCAGUUUCCCUCUCUGUGGGACGGGGCCGAACCCCCCUUAAUCCUGUAGCGUGUCACUAACAAAUAACUCAGCACCAGAGUGUGUGGCUGCUGUGUGGGGAACCAGCCACCAGGAGUAGAAGCGGCUCCAGAAAUGGAGGUGGGGGGCAGGCUUUGCCUGGCGUUGGGCCCUGCUUAGGGGACUAGAGUGUGGGGGGGCUGCCUCUGUGCCCCAUACAGAGGGUCUGUGCCAUGCCUUGCCAGGGGCACCCCUCCCCCAGCCCCAUGACGCCCCCCAGGUACCCACAGAGCAUGCCACUCAGCCUCCCCCCCCCGACUCCUGCCUCUUCCAUCCGGGAUCAGAGCCCUGCCUCAGCCCCCAGCACCUGCCCACACCCCUCCCCCUCCCAGCUCUGUAAGGGGUUGCGGGGUAGCUGGGGCUCGGGGUGACAAACCCAACGUCCUUCCAUCUCCGGCAGGGGCUGCAGCCUGGAGUCCCCUUCCCCCAUCCCUGCCCCCGGAUCAGCCCCCCCGGCCCAUCUACCCCGAUACCCCACUGUGACCCUUUCAGGGUUCUCCAGGGGUACAGGGUGAAUCAGCAGCGCCAGGCCACCUUGUCUGUGCUCACCAGGGGAAACGCCCAAACCUCCCGGCCGGUGGCUACACAAGCGCCCCACUCCAGGCCCCACCAGCCUGUCCCAGCAGGGGACGCUGUGGUUUGCCUACGCCAGCCCUUAGGAUCCUGGCGUGGGUCCUUGGGGCAGAGCUAACUUGAGGCUAAAUCUAUGGAGAUAGUUACCCGCCCCCAGGUCUGCUCUGUCCCUGGGGCACCGGCCCCUCCAGCCUGUCUGUGCCCAGCCCCUCGACUGCUGGGGGCCCGCUGUGCACUCGGAUGGGCUGCCUCCGUGGGAGCCGGGCCCCGCUCUUAACCACCGUCCCCUCAGUCCAGCCCUCUGCUGAUCACCGGGCCUGGGGUCGUGUCUGCAGCAAAACCAAGAGUCAAACAGAAGCAAGUGUAAGGUUUGGAAGCAGACACAAGAAAAAUAUAAACCAUGGGGUAGGGUCUGCGCUUAUUCCUAGUUAAUAAGCAGGAUAGGGUCUGCGCUUAUUCCUAGAUAAUAAGCAGGAUAGGGUCUGUGCUUAUUCCUAGUUAAUAAGCAGGGUAGGGUCUGUGCUUAUUCCUAGUUAAUAAGCAGGGUAGGGUCUGUGCUUAUUCCCAGUUACACUGGCUAGAACCCAUAGUUAUUACCAGUUAAUAAACAGUCCUGAAGCUGUAGUAAUUACCAGGUAAUAAACUGGCUAGAGUCAUAAA